AUGAAGACUCUUGUCCUCCUCUCUGUCCUUGCCCUGCUGGCCUUCCAGGCCCAGGCUGAUCCUCUCUCGGAAGCAGCUGAGGAGACUAAAACUGAUGAGCAGCCAGGGGUAGAGGACCAGGAUGUGUCCAUCUCCUUUGGGGACCCAGAAGACUCUGCUCUUCAAGAUGGAGGUGAGUGCUGGUGCCCAGUGUGA